AGACAGACAGUUGUGUACCUUAUGAUCUCACUUAAUCGCUCUGAUAAAUCACAUCGAACCCCGUAUUGCGGAUCCGUGAUAUCGCUUAUUCCCUUGGAGUUUUCGAUUUAAUAAACGAUUGUAUUUCGGGGCUCAGGAGUUCGCGCAUCCGGAAAAAACCCCAGAACGUAAGAAUUUUUGCCUUUCCUCUUCUGCAGAAAUGGAAUGCUGCAAUGGAUUUCAGAGACAAGCCGCCGCGCUUUCCAGGUCGAGAUGAAUGAAAGAAAAAUCAAUUUUGCAACAAAAUAGACAAUCGGUUGAAAGUGUCCGCUUGUACACUUCUGCGUGUUUUUCUUUCUCCUCACCCGACACCUCGGUAUUCUCUUGGAUUGUGGAUAAUCAAAAACCUUCAAGACGGACGGGGUGGUGGAGCAUCGAGGAAAAAACCGGGGCAAAAUGAGGGAGCGGGACUUCAUGCCCAACAUGGAGCGGGGCAAACCUGCUACAUACACCGGGGACAAAAAGGCUAAGAUGGCUGCGAAGACAAACAAAAAGUGGGUGAGACUCGCCACCGUUUUUGCUUAUGUGCUGUCCGUAUCCUUAGCUGCAAUCAUAUUGGCCAUUUACUACAGCUUAAUAUGGAAACCGACGUCCGCUUCUUCGGGAGGAAGACCAGAGGUGCCGGAAGAAGUCACUGUGGCAGCUAACUUCUCUGCCACCAACAUUAAUGACACGGACGCAAAUUCUACUCAAACUAGCCUCUACCUGAUUAACGAAACCGUUUCGGAGGGGUCAGUGGCAAACCUGCGAGCUGAGCCACAUAUGAAAGUAUUUCACUGGAAGGAUGGAAACGAUAAAGACGCAGAACCACCACAUCCGAAUAAAGGUAGCAAAGCGUCCCGACCUGCAGAUGGUACAAAAAAUAACCAAAGCCCCUCAGAGUCCACACAUAAUAAUAGAGAAAAGAGAGAAGCGUCCAGGCUGGUCACUGCCAGUGGAAUACAACAUAAUUCUCACAAAGGAGCUGCGGAUGGUGCUCUGUGGGUUCUUAAACCUCCAUCAAAGGCCCAAGCUACUACUACCAGAAGCCCACAAGGACUACAAAGAGGAACUGAUAGUGGCCAGGCCCAAAAGGACUCGCAGAGUAGAAAUCAGAAGGAUUUGGCAGAUGCGCACCAAGAGACGGAUUCAAUAGAGAGAUGAGACUCCCUGGUCUCAGCUCUGGCCAAGAUGCCUUUCUUCUAGCAAAUACAGUAUGCACCAUAAUGGCCCUUCCAACGGAUCCCUACUCCAUCUGGAGGGAGAUGGUCGUUUCUGAGGAACUGAGGGCCAGUAUAAUUGAGGAGACAUGCAGUAAGUGUGUGACAUACGAGAUCUCUGCAGGAAGGAUAUUUCACACCGGAAACCCGCAAGGCAGCAGAUGAUACAGGCCCGAAGGAGAAGGCCAAACCAGCAGCAUGCCGUUAUGAAAUGUGGGUAAGAGAGGGGAGUCUUUGCGAGGCCAUGGAAGAGAUAAUUAAAAGUAUAACACUCUGGUGGGAGGCAAGAGCUUUUUGCACAGGAGGCCCAGGGAGGGAGCUUCAUACGGUAUUAAUAAGUGAACUCCCACAAGCAGGCCACUUAAUUAAAACACAUUAGACCACACAACGCUAC